CAGGUGAUGAGCAGGUCAUGUGAUCAUGUCCUCUGCUUUUUAGAGCAGCUCUCAGUCAGACUGUGUCAGAGUUUGAGAAGUGAGCAGAAGAACAUGGCUUCAUCCUUUCUCAGCGUCUCCCUCCUCUUCAUCAGCCUCUACACAGCAGAUGGAUUUAUGGAAUAUAUGACAGCCCGCUGUGUGUUUAACUCCACUGAUCUGAAGGACAUCGAGUUCAUCAGUUCUUACUAUUUCAACAAAGUGGAGGACGUCAGGUUCAGCAGCAGUGUGGGCGAGUAUGUUGGAUACACUGAGCCUGGUCUGAUGUACGCAAAGAACUGGAACAAAGAUCCUUCACAACUGGCAGCGAUGAGAGCUGAGAAGGAGAGGUACUGCCAACACAACAUUGGGAACUGGUACAAGAAUGUUCUGACUAAGUCAGCUGAGCCCUACGUCGUGCUGCACUCUGUGACGCCCCCUGCUGGUAAACAUCCGGCCAUGUUGGUCUGCAGCGUCUUCGACUUCUACCCCAAACAGAUCAGAGUGAGCUGGCUCAGAGACGGACACAAAGUCUCCUCUGACGUCACUUCCACCGAUGAGCUGGCGGACGCUGAUUGGUACUACCAGAUCCACUCUCACCUGGAGUACACGCCCAGGUCUGGAGAGAAGAUCUCCUGUGUGGUGGAGCACGCCAGCCUCAGAGAACCACUGGUUACUGACUGGGACCCGUCCAUGCCUGAGUCUGAGAGAAACAAGAUCGCCAUCGGAGCCUCGGGACUGAUCCUGGGUCUGAUCUUGUCCCUGGCUGGAUUCAUCUACUACAAGAGGAAAGCCCGAGGAAGGAUUCUGGUCCCCUCUAACUGAUCCUGGACCUGGUCCUGAACCUGGUUCUGUAGCUGUUGGUCAGAUGGAGGAAAAAGCAGCUGCUGCUCGAACCUGCUUCAUGUGUUUUCAGCUCAGCAGACUGUCAGUGCUGCCACCUGCUGGACCGGCUGAGCUCCUGAUUCUCUGAUGAUCUGUACUCUGAUACUCAGCUGGUCUAAACCCUGAUCCAGGACUGUCCUCUCACUGUCCCGUGCACUGUCUCAACAUGUUUAAAGGGUCCGAGGACUGUAAAGUUCCCUCUGACAGUCCUGGAUCAGGUUUAGUCUGGACUCUGGAUCUGGACUCUGCUUCUUGUGACUUGAUGCUUUACUGUGUGAAUCAAUAUUUUUCAGCCACUAACUGACUCAGAAACUCUGCUUCUGAAAUCAAAUAUAAUCUGCUGAUUGGAUGAUUUGGGGCUUGUAGGUUGUGUGAUUGUUGGAUUUAUAUAUUUUUACUGAAGUGAAACAUUUUCAAACCACAAUAAACCAUCAGAAAACUGUC